GUGCUAAAUUUUUAAGUUCACAUAGAAGAAAAAUAGCUAAAGCAUUUUUCUCCUGCUUAAUUCCUUGCAGGGAUCUCUAAAGAGUAAUUAAGCAUAGCUGAUGUGAAGUCUAACAGAUACCUUAGGUAAGCAAAAUGUGAGCUGCAAAACUCUUAGAGCUGUCCCAGAGUUAGCUUAGAAUUUUUAGAUAGCCAGUUCCCCUUCACCUGUCCUGGUGCCCUGUCCCCAGGGCAAGAUGCACAGCACGUGGCUGCUCCUCAAAGAGGUGGCCUUGCUGCUUCAGCAUAACUGGCUGUGGAGCUUGUCUGAUUCCAGGGUGAGCUGCAUUGGACAGCUGGCUGGGCCAGAAGAAAAGGGUACAGUUUUAUCAUGCAGUUCAACUGAAUUUUCAGCUUCCCAACAACAAUGGAAAUGGAGGUUUGCCUCAUUCUUAAUCUCCCCUCUUUUCCUCCUUCUCUUGCCUUCUAACAACGUGUUCUCCCUUUUGUUUGUGGUAGAAUGAAUCUGACUGCCAGGUAAAUCAGGUCAGUGUGCUUACCUAGCAGAUGUUUGCUGCAUUUCUGCCAGGUGUAUUUUCUGUCUUUAGUGAGUUGAAUUUUCCUAGUAUGUUGUCAAAACCAGCACAGCUUGGUCAGAAUGACCUCCUUCCUGGGUGUGAGCUAUAAUUCUGUUCAAACUGCCUUUGAAACUAUACCCUGACUCUGCAACUAAGAAAGAGGUUUCUGUCAGUUGCUUGGACUGACUUCUCAGUGUAUGCCAGUGCAAGAAGAGAUGAAGUAAUAAAGCAAAAAUGGGAAAUGGGAUAGGAAUGCCUUUUUCAGCUCUCCAUUUCAGUAGUUGGGCUGCAACAUGAAAUGCUGCCUAAAAGUUUGUAAUUGAAAUAUUGAAGUUGGUGAGUUUUUUCACCGUUAUAUGUGCUCUUCGGAGCAAGGUCACAUGGUUUAUUGGAGGUGAUUUAAAUUAAGAUAUUUUAAUACAGAGUGCUGGUGUUACUGGCUUUGUCAGUGCCUUUGUGUUUAGAGAUCACCAAGUUAAAUAAGGCCACAACACACAAAAGAACCUACUACUGAAUGUUUAAGCAAAUUGAUAUUGCAAGUGUCAAAAUACAAAACAUCGUGUGAUUAAUAUGUCAGUUCUUGUCAAUAAUACUCAGCAAGUAUGUUCCUUUCCAUUGUGUGCAUGCCUCACAUGCUCAUGCUCAGAUGAUUUGUUCAGCUUUUGACAGUUGGUUUUGUGUCCAUAGGUUGAAUUUCUUUGUGCUUAUUCCAGACAGCAUGAAGAGAGAGGACAGGUUCAACCUUUUCUCUAGGUUCCUCUUCAUUGUAAGAGUUCACUCUUGUUUGUAUACUUGAAAUCCUGUGUUCAUGCAAGUCUAGUUCAAAUGAGAAGCAGAUGUCUCUUUUAGAUAAAGCUCAAAAAUUCACUUGUAAUGGUUUAUGCCUCUCUGAGAGCUAAUUUCUCUAUGACUGGUGCUUCACAGUUGAAUACAUAUGUAUUCCUUCACUGCUUCACUCCAAGGUAAAACAUGUCAGUUUGAAUCACUUUCAGUUUUCAAGCUGACUUGAAAUACAUCUUGGCUAUGAGGGCAGUUGCAUCUGCUUUAGCAGAAUUAAGUAGCAGGUGCAAAGUAAUUCCUUAAAGCACACACCUCUUGAUUUUAAAGGUCAGUCUUUUUGUUUCUUACUGAGUCUAUGCUGUAGAAGUGUGCCUCAGAGCUGCAGGAUGAUCUAACUAGCAGAACAGAAUGAUUGGAUAAGCAAUUGAAAAGCUUUUUUUGUUUGAGGUUUUUGUGUCUCAACAGGAUUGAAAUGUAUGAGAUUCAUACUUGAAGCUCAUAGCUCGUGAAUUCAAGUUCAGAAAUACUUGGGUUUGAAAACUCCUGUGAACACAGAUUUCUCUUUUUUAAUUCUGAGAAUCAUAUUUCAAAGAAAAUUUCUUUGACCAAUAAAAUCCUUCUGAUUGGGGAAGGAUAGGAACAUCACUUAUUUAAGAAAUAUUAAUCUAGUCAGGCUUUCAAAGUCCAUUGUAAUUUCAUUAGGUUUUUAUUUAACAAGCAUUACCUUUAAAGCUGUUCGAUUCUAAACAGUUUGUCAGAAGAUUUGCUUACCACUGCCCUUUGGGUUUUCUUUAAUUUUAUUUAUUUUGGGAGUUUUUAGAUUAUUGCUACAAUUGAGUACAUCUUGGAGGUUGUGAUUGGAUAACACACUAUUCUGUUCCAAAUUCCUUCCUGCUUUUUUCUCAUCUCUAGGAUUCCUGCAAAAAUACGGCAUCAAGUCAGGGAAUCUCUUUUAGAGAACCACUUCCACUGCUCUUAGGACUAAAACAGAAUAUAAUUACAUUGCUUCUAAGAAUAAAGGAUGCUUAUGGCCAGUUCUGGAUUUGAGAGACCUGAGUAUUUUUGGUAUUUUAUUAGUGCUGUUUGAUAACCCUGAAUUAAGAAUGUAAAAAUACCUGCUCUCAUAGCUAUUUGUCUUGCUCACGAGAGAGAUCUUGUUGCAGAGAGGUGUCAGCACCAAAACAGAAUUCUGCCAUAACCAGAACAAAUUCUACCUAUGCUCUUGGUGAGGAUUUGGCAAUCUGGCAAAGAACACAAAUUCCAAGCUCAAGAGCAUAAAGUUCAGCAUCUCAAAGAUGAGACACCAUUUAGUUCUGUGUUAGGACUUGAAAAGUUCAGUAUCUGUCUGCUGGAGGGCUAACUACUAAGGAUCUGUGCUGAAGUGUGUUUCUACUAGACAAUACAAAGUUUAUCUCUAAGUAAGCAUAUGUGUGUGAAACUUCUGCAACUGCACUAUCUUCCUAAGUGUUUUUAAGUAGCUUUGACUUACAUUUCUCAUAAUUAGAAAAUCAUACCCUUUCUAGAAAUAGCAAAGCAAGAGGAUAGAUCAAUGUCAAUCUCCAAGUUGUAGAGUACUUCAGCUUUUAUGGAGCGAAAGUCUGUGCUAGGCCACUUCACCUGUGGCUGUAUGUUGCUUUUUUUUCAUUCUCUGUUUCUUGUUUCUUCACCAGGUUUUCUGUAAGAUCUAAAAAUAAGUGUGUCUAAGCUCCAGGGCUCAUCUCACAACAAAUUACAGAGCUGUGGGAAAGCAUGGGAGGCUUCAGAUGGCUUAAGAUGAUGUAAAUUGCAGCUGCUGUGGAAAGGUGUGACCUACAGUUCCCCUCCACCACUGGUACAGCAGUAGCAUUUGCAGGGAAAUUCUGGUGAUUAAAGAUCAUGGCAACAGUAGAGGAACUGGCCCAUCAAAUUUUUGAACAGCAAAUGGGAGAGGUUACACAUUCACAGGAAGCUGCUACACAAACACUAAUGGAUGGGACACCACAACGAAUCCAGAUUGUCCCUACGGAUUCAGGCCUCUCUUUAUCACAACGUAUACAGAUUGUCACAGAUCAGCAGACGGGCCAGAAGAUUCAGAUUGUUACAGCACUUGAUCAGAGCUCAGCAGGCAAGCAGUUCAUCUUAACAAAUCAUGAUGGCUCUACCCCAAGCAAGGUGAUCCUUGCCAGACAAGAUUCCACUCCAGGAAAAGUUAUCCUAGCAACUCCAGAUGCUGCAGGUGUCAACCAACUGUUUUUUGCAUCCCCUGAUAUUUCUGCACAACACAUCCAGAUUUUAACAGACAACUCCACCAGUGAACAGGGCCUAAAUAAAGUGUUUGAUCUGUGUGUUGUAUGUGGAGACAAGGCAUCAGGGCGUCAUUAUGGAGCAGUAACUUGUGAGGGAUGCAAAGGAUUCUUUAAAAGGAGUAUACGGAAGAAUUUAGUUUAUUCAUGCCGAGGAACAAAAGACUGUGUCAUUAACAAACACCACCGGAACCGAUGUCAGUAUUGUCGGCUGCAGAGAUGCAUUGCAUUUGGGAUGAAACAAGAUUCUGUGCAGUGUGAGAGGAAACCUAUUGAAGUGUCAAGAGAAAAAUCUUCUAACUGUGCAGCUUCUACAGAAAAGAUCUACAUUCGGAAAGAUCUUCGUAGUCCGUUAGCUGCAACUCCAACUUUUGUAACAGACAAUGAAACAGCAAGAUCAACAGGUCUGCUGGAAUCAGGAAUGUUUGUUAACAUUCAUCCAUCUGCAAUAAAAAGUGAACCUACUGUGCUGAUGACUCCAGAUAAGGUUGAAGCAUGUCAAGGAGAUUUAAGUACACUGGCAAAUGUGGUGACUUCAUUAGCAAAUCUCAGUAAAUGCAAAGACAUAUCACAAAGUAGUACAGAGCUAUCUAUGAUUGAGAGUUUAAGUAAUGGAGAUGCAUCAUUAUCUGAACUCAAGCAAGAAGAACAAGCUAGUAGUGAUGUUACAAGGGCAUUUGAUACUCUUGCAAAAGCAUUAAAUCCGGCAGAGAGCACAGCAUGUCAGAACUCUGAAAGUAUUGAUGCCAAUGCACAGCUGCUUGGUGGAGAAACAAGCACGAGUGUCGUUGAAAUAGAGGGGCCACUACUCAGUGAUGCUCAUGUAGCAUUCAGGCUCACCAUGCCUUCUCCUAUGCCUGAUUAUCUUAACGUUCACUAUAUCUGCGAGUCUGCCUCCAGGUUGCUUUUUUUGUCCAUGCACUGGGCACGUUCCAUUCCAUCUUUCCAAGCUUUAGGACAGGAUAACAGCAUAUCAUUAGUAAAAGCCUGCUGGAAUGAACUUUUUACGCUUGGUCUAGCACAAUGUUCACAAGUUAUGAAUGUGGCAACUAUAUUAUCUGCGUUUGUUAAUCACCUUCAAGGCAGUUUACAGCAAGAUAAGCUGCCAACAGACAGAGGAAGACUAGUAAUGGAGCAUGUCUUCAAAUUGCAAGAGUUCUGUAACAGCAUGGUUAAGCUUUGUCUAGAUGGAUAUGAAUAUGCAUAUUUGAAAGCUAUCGUCCUCUUCAGUCCUGAUCACCCAGGUCUAGAAAAUGUGGUACAGAUUGAGAAAUUUCAAGAAAAGGCUUAUAUGGAGUUCCAGGACUAUGUAACAAAGGCAUAUCCAGAUGAUACUUACAGACUGUCUAGACUUCUCCUCCGAUUGCCUGCUCUUAGGCUGAUGAGUGCUGCCAUCACUGAAGAGCUGUUCUUCGCAGGACUGAUUGGAAAUGUCCAGAUUGACAGCAUCAUCCCAUAUAUUCUGCGAAUGGAGACAGCAGAGUACAACUCCCAGAUCAUAGGUCAUGCCGUAUAAAAGUAGCAGUCCAGGAUUCUGUACCAUGGCAGUCAUGGUGAUGUAAAUGCAUACCCUGUCUCCAAGAGAUGGUAGUAAGCCUUUCAAAGCACCUUUCCAAAGAAGGCUCAUAUUCCUCCUUUCCAGUACACUUGGGAAACAUGGUGGAGUGUAUUAUGAUAUAGGAUCACUUCCUAUUUUUCAUCUAUCGUCAAGGACUUGUAAAUUAACUUGAUAUCUGAAGAAAAGUAAGAAUUGUCUAUCCUAUUUUUGUAGAUAGACGGACUUGGAAUAUUUGUUUAUGAAGUCCAGGCUUAUGAGGAAACUGAAGAAGCUUUGACUGAACUAAGGUAUCUUGAGUUAGUGUGAUGUUUUAGAGAAAUAAAUUAACUUUGCUCUCCAA